GAACAAAUUUGAUUAAAUUGUAAGCGAGUUUUUUCAACGAAGUGAAAAAAAAACACAAAAACUUAAAUCUCGCCGAUAUUGUGAAGGUUUCAGUAUUCAGUCUUUAGUUCGGUUUAAUUCAGGCAAACUGUUGCCCUACGAGAUCCAACUUGCAAACUUGUGACAAAUGGCUGAUCCUGGAGAGUCCUUACGGUUUUUGUGUCAGAUUUUCACCGCUGUGCAAACGACAAUCGGCAGCAAGGAGUCCCAAAACAUAACCCUGAAGUACCCACAGAACCCCGUUCUGCAAGUGUUGAUGAAAGAGCUGAACCUCUGUGCGCACGACCACAGCUUUGUACCGCCGUGGUAGCAACCUUUCGAGGCGAUUUUUUGGCUUCGAUAAAUAAUGGGAUAAAACAAUCUAAAAGGACACGCCAGGCAAGGAUCUCAAUCCUUGUUGAAAGACUAUUUCAUAGACUUAUACAUAAGUGUUUUAUUAAGUAAUUUUAAGUUCAGUAAAGAUGCCCGUGUUGACUUUACAGAGGUCUUACAAGUACAUCAUGUACGCCACAAAACAGCCCUCCUUAAGGAUCAACCAGGAUGAUUUGAAGUGCACCAAUGGCUGCGGCUAUUUCGGGAAUGCCGAUUGGGGAGGUUAUUGUUCGAAAUGUUAUCGAAAUCAUAUGGAACAAGAACGCCAAAAACGAACUCGUUCGACCUCCUCUUCUUCCGCACACCAUCAUCAUCAUCAUUCUUCAAAAUCGCAGGUCACGAGUUUUGGCAAGUUCGAGGAAAAAAAGCGUCAGCAAACCGACAAGAAGAACAAGUAUUUGCCAGUUUUCAGGAAGACCUCAAGCGCUAAAGGUGAAUGUCCCAAAGAGGACUACAUAAAUCAUCUAAAUGUCAUUCUUUUAGACUCUGAAAGGUCGGAGCGUCAAUUCGAUGUGAGACACGCCAAUCCAGACACCGACAAGCUAAACGUGGAGUUCAUCGCUCAAUUCGGCAAAUAUGGCGAGGCGGUUCGACACGAUUUUUUCAAGUGCGCCCAAUACUUCACCACCAAAAUCGUGCACGAAAUGAAUUUGAAACUAAUCGACGAGCUGGCUGAAAUGGCGCAGAAAUGUUACGUCAGUUACAUGACCAGAAUUAACGGUAAUCCGCAUUACCAGCAGGUUCCUGAGGGUGUUAGGGAGGACUUGCUGGAUUUCUUCGAGAAAUACUGCAUGAUAAGUUUGUAUACGUUUUUGUUUUGCCCGAAUACAACCAACGAUGAGGAGAAGGAUUUAACCAUACAGGACAGAAUCAGGAAGUUAUCGUGGGUCAACGCCCACCAUUUGGACUGUUGUAUAAGCGAAACCAGCCUCGAGGUUCGCGAUUUGGUGUACACCGCCAUAAACGACCUCUUGGGGAUGGAUUCCAUGAAAGCUCCGCAAGAGAAGCUGGCAUGCGUUGUGAAAUGCUGCAGGUCGGUUGUAGAAGUACUGCAACAUUGCCAAGGCGGUCCAGUGAGCGCGGAUGAAUUUCUCCCCGCUCUAAUUUUCGUCGUCCUAAAAGCAAACCCUGCGAGGCUCAAAAGCAACAUCCUCUACGUCACAAGAUUCUGCAACGAUACUAGAUUAAUGCAGGGUGAGGCUGGCUACUACUUCACCAACCUGUGCUGCGCUGUCUCCUUCAUCGAAAAUUUGACAGCAGAGUCGCUUAGCAUGCCGGAGCAAGAAUUCCAGGCCUACAUGUCGGGUGAAAUGACGUCUGUUAGCGCCUGGGAAUCUGCCCUUGUGGCUUGCGAGGGUAUGCACCAACUGUGCGAGCAUUUGGCGCUGCUAAAAGGUCUUUCGGAGAGAACUGCCUUGGUGCAGGAAGAGUCUAACGCGCUGAGGGAAAACAUGAAAAAACUUAAGGAAGACAUAAACAGCCAAGUAAACGAAAUACUAGAUAGAACCCCGCUAGUAAUAAAGCAGCGAACAAUGCCGGUUUUCCUCUUAAGACCCCAACCUAAACCUAAAAUAGACCCCAACGAGUCCCAACCUAAAAACUUUUACCUGAAAAAUUUGCAAUUCGAUGUCUCCCACACACAAAAAUCAAAGUUGCAGUUGGAUAUAACACCCUGUACACAGGAUGUACAAUCAGAUAAUUUAAAAAUUUCAAAGGACUUUCUAUCGCCUUCAAAGGACAACCUUAGCUUGGCAGCCACCCCAGAAGAAAACAGUUACCUGGGCUUAUCUAAAAUUAACUACGACAUCGAUUUUUCGGAUAUAAGCGCUGAUAACAGCGUUGCAGAAGAACUGACCCCGGAAAAACGCUCCAACUUUACCCCCGAUCCUUUUAGCCCUCUGGAAGGGUCGUCCUGCCACAUAACCCAGUCUCCACUGGUACCAACCACCGCUCACCAAAUCCCCAAGAAGGACGAUUUCGUUCUACCCUUCAAACAAGAGGGUACCAAGCAAAACGAAGAAACGCUUUUGGAUAAGGAGGAGUCUACCUCAGCCGCUGCGUUGCCGAGUCCUCUAAAACCGACAACGUCGCAGUAUACGGGGUUUUCUACGCAGGGCUGGCAGAUUCCUAGUAUACCGUGUGAUACUGGGGAGAGUGCCAGCAAAAAUAAGCAGUGAUUUUUUGGUUGUUGAAAUGUAUAGUCAAUUUUAGAAUUUAUCGAAUAAAUAAAUAUUAUUAAUUUGUAAUUUUUUAUUUCCUGGUAGUAUUAUA